CUCAACGCGACUCGCAACUGAUAGCAGCAAACCAAACUGACCUUCUCCGCGGCCUCGUCGCUCGUCCUGGAGUCAGACGAGGACCUUGAAUGUUUGUCAUCGGUAUUUUUUGAUUCUCUUCUUUGUUUUAUUGUAAACACUUUCAGCCAUGCCUACAACGCUGGAUGUUCCCUCACUCCAGGAGCUGAAAGUGGAUGAGAUCAAUGUGUCAUCUGCUGUGCUGAAAGCUGCUGCCCACCACUAUGGGUCCCAGUGUGACAAACCCAACAAGGAGUUUAUGCUCUGUCGCUGGGAGGAGAAGGACCCCAGAAAGUGUCUAGAAGAAGGAAGGAAGGUCAAUGAGUGUGCACUCAAUUUCUUCAGGCAAAUCAAAGGAAACUGUGCCGAGUCCUUUACAGAGUACUGGACCUGUCUGGAUUAUUCAAACUUGACAGAACUGCGCCAUUGCCGUAAGCAGCAGCAGGCCUUUGACAGCUGCGUCCUCGAUAAACUGGGGUGGGAGAGACCUGAACUGGGAGACCUGUCUAAGGUGACCAAAGUGUCGACUUCACGACCCCUCCCUGAGAACCCCUACCAUUCUAGACCACGCCCCGAGCCCAAUCCAGUCAUCGAGGGCAAACUGGAGCCUUCCAAAACUGGCAGCAAUUUAUUUUUCUGGAACUGGUGAGGCAGCUCCAGAAAGUCCAUCAAUGUCAUGCGUUCUGUCCAAAAACAGUUAGACUACUUGUGACCAUCAACACAUUGAGGAUGCUUCAAAAAGGUUUAAAUCUCUCAGGCGCAGAUACCAGCAUUAAGAAUGCCUGUUUUGGCACUUUUAUGUGUGUAAGGUCUGAGGGUUGGUUUUGGACAGGGCUCAUGCCCUCACUGUCUUCAUCAACUGUACCUCCAGCAUCAUCAAAUGUUUGAGAAAGGAAGGAAGGAAGGAUGGAUUGUGUCAACAACAUCCAUACCACUUUCCUGACCACUUCUGUAAAUGUAAUGAGUGAACAAAUGCAACAUGCUGUUAUUAAUGUUGUGAAAUAAUAAAGAAAUAAAUUAUA